GCCGGAAGACCGGAAGUAGAAUCAGUUGAUGACGUAGAGUGGGAAAUUCAAAUUUCAGUCAAACAAAUGCAUCGGAUGUCCACUUCUAUGUUGAAAAAAAACAAUAACUUGCUGAUCACAGACACCGAAGGGCGACUUUGGAGCAAUGCCGGUGGAAAGAACCGAACCCCAGGGAGCGGAGGAGCUCUACAGACACUAUGAGGUCUACGAAACCAUCGGAUCCGGGGGCUUCGCCAAGGUGAAGCUAGGGCGACAUCUGCUGACGGGAGAGAAGGUCGCCAUCAAAAUCAUGAACAAGAAAGAACUAGGGGAGGACCUUCCCAGGGUGCAGGUUGAGAUCGAGGCAAUGAAGAACUUGAGCCAUCAGCAUGUCUGUCGUCUGUACCAAGUGAUAGAGACGACCUCCAAGAUAUUCAUAGUGCUGGAGUACUGUCCAGGUGGAGAGCUGUUCGAUUACAUCAUCGCCAAGGACCGUCUGUCGGAGGAGGAGACCAGGGUGUUUUUCCGACAGAUAGUCUCUGCGCUGGCCUAUGUACACAGCCAGGGCUAUGCACACAGGGACCUCAAACCGGAGAACCUGUUGAUAGACGCGGACCACAACCUGAAGCUCAUAGACUUUGGUCUUUGUGCCAAACCCAAGGGAGGUCUGGGAUAUGAACUCAUGACCUGCUGUGGGAGCCCUGCCUACGCGGCUCCUGAACUCAUCCAGGGCAAGACUUACAUCGGCUCAGAGGCGGACGUGUGGAGCAUGGGGGUGCUGCUCUUCGCCCUCCUCUGUGGAUACCUGCCCUUUGACGACGACAACUGUAUGGUCCUCUACAGGAAGAUCACGAGGGGUAAAUAUGAUAAUCCUCAUUGGUUGUCACCUGGCAGUGUCCUGCUCCUCAACCAGAUGUUGCAGGUGGAGCCCAAGCGUCGUCUGACUGUUCGGCAGCUUCUGGACCACCCGUGGGUGUUGAAGGAGUACAACAGCCCCGUGGAGUGGCACAGCAAACAGCCGCUGGGCUACAUAGAUGAGGACUGCAUCACUGAGAUGGCCGUGAGUCUGAAGCGCUCCCGGGAGAGUACCACUCGCCUGGUGAAGGAGUGGCGUUACGACCACACCACAGCCACCUACCUGCUGCUGCUGGCCAAGAAGCGUAGAGGCCGGCCUGUCCGCCUGCGCCUGGAGCAGCCCCCCGUCUAUGACCCCUAUUGCUGUUCCCCACUGCACCAGGGCAUGCAGACCAAGCAGGCGCUGCAGUUCAGCGAGGACGAGGACGCCGUGCCCAUGGGCUCGCUGGAGUUCCUCUCCGACUACGACGACGAGUGCUCCUGGGUUCCCUCCGGACAUCGCUCGCCUCAGGGGGUCAGAGGUCAACCCGACGGAGCCCAGAACGCCGCCGUCAUCAUGAGAGACACGAGGCAGUUCUCUCCCCCUGCCGAGAAGCGGUGGCUCGGAAGCCCCACGGCGCAGAGGAAGCAGCCAAUCACGGCGCGGCGGCCUCAGGAGGGGCGGGGCCGCGAGCGGGAGCCCAACAAGGAGAACAUGGCCGCGCAGCAGCAGAGGGACGUGGACAUCUUCAUGCUGCCCGCACCGCCCACCCCCGCGUCCAGCAAGAAGAGCACCCGCGGCCCGAGGACCGGGCUGACCACGCCCACUCACAAGGGCAAGGGCGCCAGAACCGAUCCGCUGACUCCACAUGGCGGAGGCAGUGCCAGUAAAGAGCAGAGCAAGAAGAUGGCUGUGGACCCCCAGGAGCCCCCAAUGGACCUCCUGGCCUUCAGCCCUGAGAGGAGGUCACGCUCCCUGGACCUGGCCGGUACGAGGGACAGCGGGCAGAGGAAGAAGGCGGGGAAGGUGUUUGGUUCUCUGGAGAGGGGCCUGGACAAGGUCAUCACCAUGCUCACCCCCAGCAAGAGGCGGGGCCUGCGGGACGGCCCGCGCAAGAUCAAGGCCCAGUACAACGUGACUCUCACCAGCCAGACCAACGCUGACCAGGUCCUCAACCAGAUUCUCUCCAUCCUGCCCGAGAAAAACGUGGGCUUCAAUCAGAAAGGAUACAGCCUGAAGUGCCGGACCCACGGGGACUACGGCAAGGUCACCAUGGCCUUCGAGCUGGAGGUGUGUCUGCUGCUGAGGCCCGAGGUGGUGGGCAUCCGUCGCCAGAGGCUGAAGGGGGACGCCUGGGUCUACAAGCACCUGGUGGAGGACAUCCUCUCCGCCUGCAGGAUCUGAGAGGAGGGUCCGACCGGCCGCGGUGCCCCCCUCCCCCCUCCUCCUAGGAGCGACGGGCUGCGUAGGAGAUGAGAUCGAUGGCCUGUCGUUCCCACUGGCUGCCAGCGUGUGGCUGUCGGGCUUUCUGACUCCGCUGGUGUCUAAUGAGGGAACCUGAACAUUGUCUCUCCGCUAGCGAAUCCUGCAAAUGAUACCGGUUACAUAGAACGCAAGAGGACGGUACUUCUGGUGCAGUUGUGCAUCCUGUUUUACAUGGGAGAGGAUUUGUGUUAACCUGUCCAUCCUCAUAGUAAUUGCAUACUUAGUCAGUGUUGUGUGUGACUGCGGGCGAGUGUGAAUUAAUGUGUGUGUGUGUGUGUGCGUGUGCGUGUAUUCUAGAUGCAUAUUUCCAUUGCUUAGUGGUUCCCCUCUAGGCAUGAAGCCUUAUUGGAUAACACCAUAGAAAAACAAGCGCUUUACUUAUUAACCUUCAUUGCUGUAUGGGUUUUAAUUCAUGUACAUAUGUUACUGACCUUUUGUUGGUUUGUCAGAAUUGCCUCUAACUUGCUCAAUCCUUUAUUCUGAGUGUCUGACAUAUUUUUUAGGGAUGGUUUUUCAGUAAUAAAUAAAUAGUUGUAAUAGUCUUUAAUGAAACAAAGUUUGCUGUAUUCUCUGAACUAUUACUGAUAUUUGGAUGCAAGUUGGUCGUGAACUAAGGGGCCCAUCUUUCUGACCUCUAUCGAGACUAUAUUGUCCUACACAAUAUGCAAGAAUGAUGUUUUGAUUGCACUGAUUAUUCAAACCAAAAGUGAUGACUGCCCUGAUAAAGCUGCCAUCUGUAAUUUAAUUGAGCAUGGACACUUACAUUGUCAGUUCUCAUACUGAGUAUGAAUUUGCUUAGUCAGCUUUGGAUGGAAAUAAUUGUGCAGUUUUCAAGGAACAGUUUAUGCUGAUUGGUCAUGUAGAAAAGCAUCAAUAAUCCAUGAAAUGCUUUGAGUACAAAGCUUGUUUUCCUGCAAAUCCUUACCGUAACUUAAAUUCAUACUAUGACGAUGAAUAAACCAUUUCUGUUUAA